GGCCUGAACCAGAUCGUGAAUUCAGUUGAUUCGCGACUUGGAUUGGUUCAUGUGGGGUUGUGGAUCUAGAAGGCUUCGAGUUGCGAUGUUUUCCGAAGUAAUCGUGAAAUUCAGAUAGCGCAUAGCAUAUGGAAUUAUCCCAUUUUCGCCAGUUUUGCUCGUUCUGUAUCUGAUUUCGAGGUGGAUUCAUUGACUAGAUGGAAGAGAACAAUGCUACGAUGUCUAUAACGAGGCGAUGUGUGAUAGCCGUCUUAUGUGAAAGGACCAGUCUGUUUCUUCUCGUUACUGGAUACACUCUCCUGGGAGCCAUCAUUUUCAAAGCGAUAGAAGGAGGGGAGCCUCACGAUGUACCUGAUGAUUUCAAGAAAAGCAGAGAGGAUUGCUUGAAAGAGCUAUGGAUGAUAACAGGAAGCAUUGAAGAUAAACUGAGUCGAAAGCGCAUUGAUACACGAAACAGUAAAUUGAACUCCUUUCAUCUACUCCUACUUCAUUCAGCUAUCCCCAAUCGUUGGAAAGCUGAAAAACUUUUAAUGACCAUUUUAAAACUUUCUCAAAGCCUUAUGUGGCGGGUAUGA